AAAUAUAAAAUAUGUUUCAAAUAAUUAAAAUUUACACGAACGUGACAUGACAAAUACGUUGAUUGCAAUGUGACAGAUUAAAAGCGACAUAAAAUAUAAAACAUGACGUUGAUGUAAUUCUGUUUAGUCAAGUGAAACAUCUUUAAGAUUUUAUCACGUUUAUGUUAAUAUACGACACGUCUUUCUACCUUUAGCAACUCUGUCUCAUUUGGAAUAUCAAUGCUAUUCGUCUUUAGUAUGAAAAGACAGCCCUUUGUUAUGAAUUAUUCAUCACUAGUGUUUUAAAUUUGAAAAUAUGAAGCGAAAAGAAUUCUUUGAAUGUUAUUUUGUUCGCACGUACUACAGGACUAAUACAUAAUUAAUCAAAAAAAACUUACUACCAUUACUGGCAAAUCAGUUCGCGUAUAGUAAGAUGUGGGAAAACUAGUCCAAUGAAUUAUCAAAAUGAAAUUUUCAAUAACUUUCGCUACGAUAUUAGUCUUCAUAAAUUGUCAGCUUUCUGUAAUGUCAUCACAUUUUUACAGUGACAAUUCAUUGUCUGCAAUACUACAAAAAUUUCACACAAUUCGAGAUAACAAUGAUUCAACUUCAACAGUACUAGAAACCAAAAAAGAUGAGGAAUCAAAGAUAUUAAAUUUGUAUCAGAAGCACAUUGGUGGUAUAUUGCUCAAUACUACGAUAUCAGACAACAAUGUUUGCAUCAUUCCAAUUUUGCAGAGAUAUUUCAACCUCAACGUUCUGCUUGUACUGGACAAGGGAAACAAUCAACAUAUCCAGACCUAUUUUCAAAAUCAAAGCAUAUACAAUACCUACGAUUUUGACAAAAGAAUUAAUAACACAAAUCUUGCUAAAGACGUUUACACCUGGAAGGCAUCUGGCUUUAAGAUGUUCAUUCUUUUGUGUUCAUUGCAGUGUAAUUUAGCAUUAAUGAACAUGGCUAUUACUGCUGAAAUGCUGGAUAAAGGUUUUGUAUGGAUAACCAGCCAAAAAGAGUUAGGAAUCCUUGAGGCAGAUCAUCCAGCACACAUCUUUUAUGUCGAUCUAAACCUCAAUGGUAACUCAUUAACGCCUGGUUGCGAUUUCAUUUCAGAUUUCAACAAAUUCAGAAUAAAAGGAGAAAAACUCAUUUCAUACCAUACCGAAAAAUCUCGAUUGCUACCUGAAUUGUUUGCUUUAAAUCAACUGCGAUGGAUUCUUUUAACUCGAACAGAAAGACUAUCAACUAUUAUAGACUUUGCAGAAUCAAAAAAGCAAGGUAACAAAAAAGCAAUUAUAAAGACCGUCACCAUUAUUGAGCCUCCUUUUAUUGUCUUUGCACCGCAUUUUCCUGACAAAUACUCCGAUAAGUGUGAAGUCGGCAAAAUCUGCUGGGAAUACCAAUUCCGAAAUCACUCUAAAGUCCGAGUACCACGUUGCUGUAAUGGUUUGUGUAUAGAAUUACUUGAUCUUAUUGAAUUAGAAAUAGACAUAUCCACGGAUUUGUAUAUUGUUGAAGAUGGUGCCUACGGAACAGAACUUAAUGGAACGUAUAACGGACUGGUUGGAGAUCUUUUGAAAGGGAAAGCAGAAUUAAUACUGGCUCCAUUAACGAUGUAUGCGACAAGAGCUGAAAGAAUAGCAUUCUCAGAACCUUUCAGAUUAAAUGGUGUAGCAAUUGCCACAAUGGCGCAAAAAAUUGAAUACUCUUUUUUUAGUUUGGAAGUUUUUUCGCCCCUUACCGCUCAAUUAUGGUCAGUCACGUUCUUAACUGCUCUCUUUGCAAGUAUAAUUCUAUCAUACAUCGAGUAUUGUCUCCACGAGAAAAAACGGUUUUAUCCAUGGUCAGAGAGUAUAUUAUACCACAUUGGACUGGUGUUUCAGCGGGAUAUGGGUGGGCAAAAUCCCACUCAUGUCAGUACAAGAGUUGUUGGAAUUUCUGUUGCUAUAUUUAUGAUGAUACUGAUGUCUUCGUACACAGCGAUACUGACAGCAAACAAAGUGAUGAAUCCUUAUUUUUUUCCUAUUAAAGGGCUUAAAGACGAAAGGGUUACUAACCCUUCAAGUGAGUUUAAAUUUGGAACUCUGAAAAAUUCUGGUAUAUCACAAAUGUUUCGAGAUAGCAAUAAGCCUGAGUGGAGAUCCAUGUAUAAUCAUAUGAAAGAGUUCAAUUUCAUUGACACCGUUAAAGCACUGGACGAUCUCAGAGCGGGAAAAUUAGACGCCAUAAUCCAUGAUGCUGCUGUAUUGAAAUAUUAUAGUAAUAAGGAUGUCCAAUGUAAUAUUCAUAUGGUGGGAGAAAUUAUACCAGAUGGUGGUUAUGCAUUUGCUGCAGCCAAAGAGUCAGCACUUCUGAGGGGAAUAACAAGAAGUAUUCGAAAAUAUAAAUCUAAGGGAAUGUUGGAGAGAUUAGAUAAACGCUGGUUUCAUAACAACUGUGGAACUGGUAAAAAAACUGAUCACAUUGAACAGGCCGAUAUAUAUUCUUUUGGGGGAUUAUUUGUUGUAAUGGUUGCGGGAAUAUUAUUUUCGUUUGUUUUGUUUAUAAUGGAAUAUAUGUGGUUGAAAGUUAAAAAAGCCAAGAUAACUAACAAAGUUAUGCAGAUGCAGGGAAGUUAAAGAAAAUUAAGAUGCUAUUAUGAAGAUGAAGUCCUUCGUGGUUAAUAAUUAAUAUUGCUCAGUUUAUUUAUGCAUAGGUUAGGAGGAAUGCACAACACGUUUUUGAUAAGAAACCAAGCAACCGAUCAACUGGUAAAAGUUUUUUAAAUCUGAAGGUCAUUAUACUGUAUUAAGUGUCUUAAAGUUUCUUAAUUUAUAUACAAGAAAAAUUGAAAUAAUUCCUUUGCCUUUUAUUGAUCAUCUGAAAUAAUAUCUGUACAGUUGAAAUCGUCAAUUUUAAAUAGUCUUUCGAUUUGUUAGGAUAACUUACCUAAUUUUUUGUUAUACGUGCUGAUAAUACCUGAAAAACAGUAUCUUUCGGAAAAUUGUACAUUUUUACAAUCAUUUUCUUAUAAAGUGGUUUCUUAUAUAAAAAAAACGUGUCUUAGACAUAUUGAGAGAUUGAGAGUUAACAGUAAAUAUAAUAAAAUUUGACAGUUUAGUAUUUGUGGUCAAUACAACGUUUUUAUAUAUAUGUAGACCUUGUUUUAUAUAACGUAAGUUCCAUAUAUAAAUGUUUUGUAUACACGCGUUUUUUAUAAGAAUACUGUUUCUUCUUUUCAACAUGAAUUAUUUUAACUUUUGUGCAAAUAUGUCCCUAAUAUAUUUAUAGCAUAUUCUUAGCACAUUUUGCUAAGAUUGGUAAAUUUGAGAAUGCGAACUGGCGUAAAAAAUCACACAGUUCUGUUGUUUAAGCCUUAUUAAACUGACAGACAGACAAAUAGAUUAUAUGGGGGAAAAUACUUUAAAUGAAACCUAAGAAAAGACAUGUCAUAUCACUGAUUUUAUAACAUUGUAUGUAUAUAUUUCUAAAAAAUUAAGGCACAAACAUGUUUAGCUAGUGUCCUUUUGAGGAACCAGGAGAGGUUCGCUCGCUGGGUAGAUGUAUGUUUUUCAAAAAAGAUUGCAUUAUUAUGAUAACGAGCAACUCGCAUAGUCAAAGUCAACUGACACCAUGUUUGAUCAUUCACUACCUUAAGUAUCCUACGCCGGGCUUAAUUCCGCCACCCAUGGAAAUUUGGUGUAGUAACCACUACCUUGCAAAAAUUAAUGCCUCUUACAGCCAGCAUAAAAAAGGCGGAUAAGAUGCUUUCACGAGCCCGCGAAAUGAAGAUUUCCCUUUCUAUUGUAUGAGAGAGGUCAGGUGUAAAAAUAAGCAGAUAUUAAUAUAAAAAUAGCUAGUCGUUAGUCCGUGGAAAAUCCACGGGUUCGCCCGUCCUUUUUAUACCGCAUUGCAUG